GGGUUUGCAAAAAGAGCUUUUCCUUUUCAGUGUCUUAGAGCAGAGCAGAUCUGUCUGUAAACAGUGGACCGGACUCUCCUUUCGGUCUUCUCUGUGGAUGAAAUGGUCUCAUCGGUCCCCUGACAUCGGUAGCUGCUUCAAGUUACUGUUUCACGGUUCCAUUAGAUUCCAGCCUCUGAACCGAGAGGGAGAAAAAUCCGACCAAGGGAGCUAACCUGCUUGUCUUUUGAUUCGCUUUGCGCUGGUCGUGACUACUUGGCAGCUAGUUGGCAUUUUGCGAUGCCUCUCUGGGCUCCCAGUGUCUGCAUCGUGUCCCUGGCCGUACUCUACCUGUUCGCGAGGCUGUAUUUCAGGCAGAGUUUCAAAGGUCGGUUCUAUUGUAAAAGUCGAUGUGCCCGGAGCCAAGGGGACAGCGAUGUCCCGGAGCUGGUCUGCAAACCUUCAGCCCUCGCCAAGUACCUGCUCAAAACCUGCUUGACUUUCACCUCGGAGUCGCUAUCCCAGUGGAUCUGGAGGAGGUUCCCUGACCUGCAAACUGUCUGGAAUGUGAUCUGGCCGCCCAGCACCGCCGUCCACUUCGUCCGGGAUUACCUGCAGUUGGCCGAUGAAGGGCUGGUGGCUCUGGACUGGGCAGUGCCCAGCACCUCGAGCAGGAGGAGAGCGUCUAGCAACUCCCCGGCGCCCAUCGUCUUCGUUAUCCCCAACUCCUUCGGGAAAAUCACCAGGAAUGUGGUCAAGCUUUGUGCCUCAGCCCUGGAUUGUGGCCACCGUCCAGUGAUUUUCAAUAGAAGGUGCCAGAAUGGAAGUCUUUUAACGACACUGAAGCUGCAACAGUUUGGUGACCCAUCUGAUCUGAGAGAAGCAGUUAGAUACAUUCGAUACAAGCAUCCAAACGCCAGACUUUUCACUGUAAGUGAGAGCACAGGAGCUGGGCUCUUGCUCUCUUAUCUCGGUGAGUGUGGAUCCUCCAGUUAUGUGACGUCUGCAGCCUGUAUCUCGCCUGUCUUCAGGUAUCAGGAAUGGUUUGAAACAGGACCUCCCUGGCUUUAUCACUGGUUUUUACUCCUUUACCAAAAAACGUGGCUUAGCAGGUACGCCACUGUGCUGGGAGAGAUUAUUGACAUGGAUAAGUUGUUUGCCACACGCACUCUGAGGGAGAUGGAAGAGGUAUUGUUCUGUCAAACAAAGAAGAGCAACCCAUGCUGGGACUUGUACUGGGAGAAGAAUGAUCCGUUACGGGACGUGGAUGAGGUUGCAGUGCCAGUGCUGUGUAUUUGCAGUCAGGAUGACCCAUGGAGAGGGGACCCAGAUGCAACCCUGCCAUUUGAGCUCUUUGAAACCAACCCCCAUUUUUUCCUGUUGUUAACUAAACAUGGCGGCCAUUGUGGCUUCUUGAAAAACAGAUCCUCUGUAUGGAGUCAUGAGGUAUUACUAGAGUAUUUUAAAUCUGUCAGUGAGUUCUUCAUGACUGAGGAAAGGACGAAAAGUUUUUCAAAAAGAAAAUGUGUGGGAGCUGGAAACUCCUUGUCUUAUAAAUGUGGCAGAGGCAAUAGUUUCAGAAGAGAUUCAGUUUGUUCUCACAACAUUCAUGACAUUUUCAACUGGCAGCGAUCCUAUACCAGGUGAUUAAAAGUUAGAACCAUUUGGAAAUUAUUGUUUUUAAUGACCUUGAAGGUUAAAGUAAUGCAGGCCUUUUUUUAUGUGGAUCAUAAAAUGGAACUUCAGUAGCAUAGACAAGGGUGCAACAUUUCCUUUUUUUAACCAGGGGCUCAUGUUGUUGAGGUUUGAACACCUUGUUUGGCUACUUAAUUUCCAGGCAGCUAGAAAAAAAUACAUUUUUUGACUAUUAGUGAAAAUGGAUCUAUAAACUUUUAUCAAUAUUAAAGAGACCCUUUGAUUUUAAGUCACAAAUUAAUUUAAAACAGUGUUAAGAUGAUCGCAAGACACAGAGUGGAAGAUGCCAAUGUGUUUGAAUCUUAUCUGUAAUUUAAGAAUUCCUAUAAUGGCUGGGUAGUUUGCUAUAGCAACUGGAGCUGUGUUAAUAGUUUGUUGUAAUCAAGCUUGAAAUUUAUACUCCAUCCCAGGGUGAAAAUACUUUAGUUGACAAUUAACUUCUUACUAUUCCGACAAACAUCAAAUAACACUGCCAAAUCCCAAAGGGCAAGUUAGGCUUGGUUAUUGUAUUAUCACCAGUCUAUUUAUUAAAACAAAAGUAACUGUAAGGUUACUGUUUUGUACUCAAUGUGGUUGGAACAAAUUUGUUUUUAGUGGUCUUUUUUAAGACUGCACUUCAAGGUUGCAUUUUACAUCAGUUGAUAUAAAGACUCAAGGGGAGGUUUGGUGGCAAAAUAUUUAUAAUUGUUGACAAUGCGACAUGAAAAAUAGUGUUUUCCAGAUGUAUGCAGUUAAAGUGAUAGAUGUUUUGUUUCAUAUAUCUUGUGGUUUUAUAUUUAUUGUAUCUGUUCAACGUGCCUCAAUAUUAAUCUGCUCCUAGACAUCAAACCUACCUAUUUAAACUAA